AGUUAGAUAUAUACACAUCCAUUAUAUUAUCCAUAGCACCACCUUCCCCUCCCUCUCUAAAACUAUAUACUUGUGUCUCUGAAUCUAUCAAAAACAUAAAUUUUCUCAUAUAACCUAUAUAUCCAUAAACUUUUUUAGCUUGAUCAUCAUACUAUCUAUCAGUCUGUAGUUUGAGUGGGAAAUCUUCAAAUGUCACCAACUUUUGCUUCUUGUCUGCUGUUCUUCAUCCUCAUUGUUCAAGGUGCUAGAGGAGCGACUUUUAUGUUAAUUAACAAAUGCGGUUAUACGGUAUGGCCGGGAGUUCUGGCCAAUGCCGGCAGUGCCGGAUUGGAUAGCACCGGAUUCGAGCUUGCGCCGGGGGCGUCACGGGGUUUUCAGGUGACGUCAAGUUGGUCCGGCCGGAUCUGGGGGAGAACCGGCUGUAAUUUCGACGCCGGCACUGGACAGGGAAGCUGCGCCACCGGCGACUGCCGGUCCAAUCAGGUGGAAUGCAAUGGCGCCGGUGCAACACCUCCGGCGACGCUGGCGGAGUUCACGAUCGGGAGUUCGGGCGCUGAUAAUAAGGACUUCUAUGACGUCAGCCUGGUGGACGGAUACAACUUGCCAAUGCAAGUGGAAGCCAUUGGCGGGACCGGAGCGUGCGGGUCAACCGGCUGCGCCGCGGACGUGAACCGGAUUUGCCCGAAGGAGCUCCGGUCCGGAGACGGGCUGGCAUGCAGAAGCGCGUGCGACGCAUUCGGCAACCCGGAAUACUGUUGCAGCGGCGCGUACGGUUCACCUUCGACAUGUCAGCCGUCGAUGUACUCGGAAAUGUUCAAAAAUGCGUGCCCCAGAUCAUAUAGCUACGCCUACGAUGACGCCACCAGUACUUUUACGUGCACAGGCGCCGAUUAUAGAAUUACAUUCUGCCCUUCAACCACAAGUGGGCAGCAAAAGUCUUCAUCGUCGUUGCCGGCGGCAGCAGGAGCAUCGUCGGCGAGUGGACCUCCGGCAGCGGCGGAGGAUUCGGGACCGCAGGACGGAAUUGUGUUUGGGAAUUCAUGGUUGGGAUUCAUAACGGGAGAUUCAUCGACGACAAUGUCGCACUUUGCCUUGCAUUCCAAGUCUCCGCUGACCUCAGCUAUUGCCUUUUUUAUUCUCUCUUUUCUUCACUUGCUCUUAGUAUUAUGAACGAAACGAAUGAACAGCUUUUCCAAUUAUUUUUUUUAAAUAUUUUUUUAUCCAUGUAUAAACAUCAUGGUACGUGACUUGGGAUACGCGUUUGAGGAGGAAUUAAAGCAGACCAAA